AUGGAAGAAAAGCAACUAAACAUAAGAAGAGCUGCUAAUGCAUCGGCGGAACAAAAAAGAGUUUUAUUGGAAUUCUUCAAAAAAAAUUCUGAACUUGAGUCCGGAAAAUUUUCCAAUGAUUUUUCUCAAAAAGAUGCUCAACAACUUUGGCAGGAAGUCACUAAAACGUUAAAUAGCUGCGGGGAUGGAGCCUAUAAGGAUUGGAAAGCAUGGCGAAAGACAUGGCAGGAUAUCCGAUGUAGAACUAAAAAUAAAACUAUGAAGUUUAAAAGACAGCUGGGAGGUACGGGGGGCGGCCCUUUCAUUGACAAUUUUGUUACCCCAUUCGAAAAACAAGUAUUGGAUACAAUAAAUGUUACAUCCAUGCAUGGACAUAUAGAAAGUGUAGAAUCGUCAACUGCUUUUUCAAAUAAGUCUGUUCCACAUGUUUCCAAUUCUAAUUCUGGAGAUGAAAGCUUUUUAAUAGAUGAAGAAUGUGAUAUGUCAUUCGUUAGAGAAGAAGACACAAAUAACGGCAAAGCCAAGUACUGUUGUACGAGACCAAAAUAA